UGGGUGCUAAUGCUAAUGCCAAUGCUAAUGCUAAUACGCACCCUGGUUAAAGACAAACUGACAGACAAACACGAUAAAAACGUCCUUCCUGCUUUUUGGUAUUUGCCCUCAAAUGUUCAAACAAUUCGUCCAAAUAAAAGGAAAAAUUUACUAUCAACGUUUAACACAGGUCCCACUCAUGUUGGUUGUGAGAAAAGGUCAAAUUUACAAAGUGGUUCCGAGUUAGGCGCCUAGUGUUUCCUGUCGAGUAUUUUCAAAAUAAAAGUUUUAUUUACUUUUACUUGCCAGUUAGCACAGUAGUACUGUGAAAGAGCUCCUAGCGGUCAAGUCAAACGCAUAAGGUACAACAUGGAGUUGGUGCACAAGCUACGAAAAUGUGGAUCAACAUUUAUACAUUAAACACUAUUUCGCAACGGGAGCUUCUUAUCGUCGUUACACCAGAAAAUUACUCAGCUGAGUCAGCUCGGUUUACCUGGACUUCUGAUCUCUUACAACAGGCUCAGUGGUGCAACUAGUCGGUCACACCAUGUCUUUCAGGGAAGAAACAAUGCUUUUGAUAGUUGCCGUUUGUCUCUGUUUUUCUUUACCGUCGGUCGUUGGUCAAACUGAGCCCGUUGCGGACUCUUCCUACGUUGCUGCUGUUUAUGAGCACCAUUUAAUCCUGAACCCGGAGCCUCAUGUCCCCCUGUCACGCCCCGCUGCCCUGCAACAUAUGCAGAAAAACCUGGAUAUCUACGAGGAGCAGGCUGCCCGGGCUGCCCAAAAGGGUGCCCAGAUCCUGGUGUUUCCAGAGGAUGGUCUUCAAGGUUUCAACUUCAGCCGAUCGUCCAUCUCUGGCUACCUCGAAACUAUUCCUGACCCCCAGCAGGAGAGCUGGAAUCCCUGCACAGAGCCAGGAAGAUACAACAACACUGAGGUUCUUCAGAGGUUGAGCUGUAUGGCACGUCGUUACAACCUCUACCUGGUGGCCAACAUGGGUGACUUGCAGCCCUGCCCCCUUAAGACCAGCCCUUCCUCCACCUGUCCCUUUGAUGGACGCUGGCAGUUCAACACCAAUGUGGCUUUCAGGUCUGAUGGCCAGCUGGUGGCGCGCCUCCAUAAAUAUAACCUGUACUUUGAGGAGGCCUUUGAUACACCACCACAACCUGAGAUCGUAACAUUUGAUACACCUUUUGCCGGGAGGUUUGGCCUCCUCACCUGCUUUGAUAUCCUGUUCUAUCAGCCCACAGUUGCCCUGAUGGAGAGUGGCGUGCGUCAGCUGAUCUUCCCAACAGCAUGGAUGAACCAGCUCCCCCUGCUGGAUACGAUUCAGUUCCAGCGGGCGUUAAGCCUGGGUGCUAAUAUCACUCUACUAGCAGCCAACAUUCGCAACGACCAACUCAUCAUGACAGGAAGUGGUAUCUACAGCCCCUUUUCUGCCACCUAUCACCACGCGCAGAAAGGAGAUCCAGAGGAGGGCAGGCUGCUGGUGGCCAGGGUGCCAGUCUUGAAGCCACUGUCGGUGGGGCAGAGUGUGGCCACAGAGGAGGGGGUAGUAAGGGCCGAGUCCAAUACAGACUCUGGAUACUGUCAUCAAGAGAACUGCUUUGAUUCUUCUCAUCCUGAAACUGCUUCUGCAGUCUCUCCCUCCUCUGUCACCUUCGUUUCAUCUAUGAUGUAUGACUCAUUUACAUUUGUGUUGGUAAACGGGACAGAGGGCAAACUUAAUGUGUGUGAUGGCACUUUCUGCUGUCACCUGCAGUACCGGCAGUUACCACAGGGUGGUAGUAAAGAGCUCUAUGCAUUGGGAGCAUUUGCUGGAACUCACACUGUGAAUGGACGCUAUGCCCUGCAGGUGUGUGCAUUUGUCCGCUGUGCCGGGUCAGAGGCCAGUUCGUGUGGACAGGAAGUGGAAGAAGCUGAGACUAAAAUGGACUUCCUGUUGGAGGGGAAGUUUGGGACCAGAUAUGUGUAUCCAUCAGUUUUGGCGAGUCAACUGGUCCUGGAGCAGCCAGAGCAUCUGGAGAAGACUGCAGGUGGCAGAGUGACCAUGAAACAUUCAAACAUGACUGGUGGCCUGGUCACUGCCGUUCUGUACGGACGAAUGUACCACCUGGAUAAUGAAUGACCUAGACCUGGACCUGGAUAAUGAAAGCUGCAAUGAUUACUUAAUUAAUUGAUUAGUUGAUUUACAUCAAUUUGAGGGGCAACCAUUUUAGUGACUAGUUGUUGAAUCCUUGCUUCUCCAAUACAAGGAUUCAAUGCUUUUCUUUAACAGACAUGAAUGUAAACUGAAUAUCUUUUAGUUUUACACUGUUGGUGGGAUAUGUGGGAAUGUCAGCUUGAGCUGUGAAAUUAUGGGGAGCAUUUUCCACAAUUUUCUGUCUUUUUAAAGACAAAACAAUCGAUUUUUUAAAAAAAAAAGAAAAAAAAAAAAGGGCAAUUUAUGAAUGAAAACAAUUGUUAGUUACACAAAGAAAUAAUAACUUUGGAAUAGAUGUGUCUGUCAGGAGAGAUGUAAAAUACAUUUAUAAAGUGAUUUUAGAAAAUUAACUGUUCUGACCCAGACCAGCAAUGACAACUCAGCUGUUUCACAUUUGUGCUCCGUCAUAUACAAACUGCAAUAAAUCAAAAACAAAUAUUUUUA